GGUCACGCAGGGAUUAAGGUGCCGCCCAGUAAAUCGCGCAUAAAGCAGCGCACAUUGCAGCACUGACAGAGAACCGCAGCGUCCAGCCGCACAUUCACACCGGAGACACGCAAACAUGGCUCUUGAUAUUGGCACUUGGGAUCUUGCAUGUGACUUCAAUAACACAAGUCAUCGCACAGAACUGAAUGGCACAGAUCGACUGAUAGUGAGGAGAGGACAGCCAUUCACCAUCAACCUCAACCUUCGUUCCGGCUCCUACGAGCCUGGAGUCCAUCAGCUCCACAUCAUAGCAGAGACAGGACCUGAUCCUGUGGAGCAGUAUGGUACCAAGGCUGUUUUUGGUCUGAGUGAUAAUAUUGAUGAUGCAAAAUGGAGUGCUGCAGUAACCAGUCCCCCUGGGGAGAUUGUCUCCUUGUCAAUCUGUUCCGCCCCCGAUGCACCAAUUGGCCCCUACUCUGUGACUCUGGAUGGCAGGAUUCAGUUUGAACUGAUACUACUAUUCAACCCCUGGUGCUCACGUGAUAUGGUGUACAUGGAAAGUGAGGAGAAUCUGGAAGAAUAUGUUUUGGCUCAGGAUGGGAUCAUCUACAGGGGUGAUGCCAAAUAUCCUAUCCCUUCACCUUGGUACUUUGGCCAGUUUGAAGAAGGCAUUCUGGAUGCAUGUCUAAGAAUUCUGGAUGUGAACCCUAAAUGCCAGAGAAACCCUGGGAAAGAUUGUUCUGGCCGCAGAAACCCUAUUUAUGUCACUCGAGUGCUUAGUGCUAUGGUGAACAGUAAUGACAGAGAUAAUGGGGUCCUGGAAGGCUGCUGGAAACAAACAUUUGAAGGUGGAAUCAGUCCCAUGUCAUGGAGAGGAAGCGUGGAGAUUCUUAAGACUUGGAAUUCCACUUCUUGCUUGCCUGUUCGCUAUGGCCAGUGCUGGGUGUUUGCUGCUGUUGCAUGCACUGUGUCUCGAGCAUUGGGUAUCCCCUGCAGAGUGGUGACUAACUACCUCUCAGCUCAUGACACCAACAGCAACCUGGUGAUUGAACGCUAUGUGGAUGAAAAAGGCAAGCUGCUGAACACCACCAGAGACAUGAUCUGGAAUUACCACUGCUGGGUGGAAAGCUGGAUGGCUCGUCCAGAUCUGAAAGCAGGCUUUGAUGGCUGGCAGGCUAGUGACCCCACGCCCCAGGAGAAGAGCGAGGGGGUAUUCUGCUGUGGGCCAGUCCCACUGAAAGCCAUAAAGGAGGGAGAAAUCCUGUGCAAGUAUGAUGCUCUGUUUGUGUUCUCGGAGGUAAAUGCAGAUGUGGAGACCUUCCUGAAAUACCAAGACGGCAGCACAAGAAAGAUCAUCAGUUCUACUGAGGUUGGCCAGAAAAUCAGCACUAAGAGUGUUGGAAGUGACAAACGAGAGGACAUUACACACCUUUACAAGUACCCAGAAGGCACAGCUGAAGAACGAGAGGCAUUUAAAAAAGCCAACCAUCAAAACAAACUCCUGAAACAGACAGACAACUCUGGCCUACAUGUCACCAUCAAGGUCAGCACAGAGAUGAGGAAGGGCUGUGACUUUGAUGUCUAUGCCUUAGUUUCCAACCAUACAUCUGCAUUAAAGAAGUGUCGUCUGGUGUUUGCUUCCCGUGCCAUGUCUUAUGAUGGAGCUAUAGGAGAGGAAUGUGGCUUUAAAGAUCUGCUCAAUGUUGAGUUACAACCCGGAGGAGAGCGUAAGGUCCCAAUGAGGCUGAACUACAACAAAUACUGCAAUGCCAUUACCCAGGACAACCUGAUCCGCCUGGGUGCUCUACUGAUUGACUACAGCACCAAAGAAGGCAUUCUGGCUAUGCGCACUAUUGUCCUUGAUAACCCAGAGGUCAAGAUAAAGAUCCUGGGAGAACCCAAAGAGAAUCGUCAGCUGGCUGCAGAGCUCACAGUACAGAACACACUGCCAGAGCCUUUAAAUGCAUGCUGCUUCAGUAUUGAGGGAGCCAACCUAACUGGAGGCAAGACUAUCACUGAGAGUCUUUCAACCAAUAUUGAACCUGGACAAGAAGCAAAAGUCAAAAUCUACUUCACUCCAAACCAUUAUGGCUUGCGCAAACUGCUGGUGGAUUUUAACAGCGACAAACUUGGUCCUGUAAAAGGGUUCAGGAAUGUUAUUAUCGGCAAAUAAAGGCUCUCGAUCACUCCAAUGCUUGCUUCAGUGAAAGCCAAAUGAAAAUGACACAUAUUGAAGAUUGAGAAGGUUACAAUCCUAAUGUGUCAUUUCUGGGCUUUAUAGAACAUUAUAGUUAGCUGUAUCUAGCCAAGAAAGAUUUUCAUUUUAACCAGCAUUUAAAUCUCAAACUAGCUUUGUAUUGAAUUAAAUGAGACAGUCUUUUAAAUUGUUAUAUGAUUUUUCCAUAUGCAAAUCACUGCUACAGAUAGUUAAUAUGUAACCAAAGCUUUUAGUUGCUUAUGUUCUUAAACAAGUGGACAAUCUAAAUAGUUUGCAGUAUAAAGCCAGUUGAACACUGAAAGCUAAUUCUCUUUUUCAGUCACUGUCUCAUUGUGAUGUCAGUGUAACUAUAUGGCCUAUAUAUCUUUUAUAGGAGAUUUUUAUAUGUCUGCUCUGCAAUGAUUCUAUAAACAUGUUGCUAUCAUAUAACUGAGUGCCUUAGUCUACAGCUUUAAAUCUAGCAUUUUGCUUUUGAAGCUCUCUUUUUGUUCCUGACUGUGAAAAUGGGCAGGUUUAUAUAACGAGGCCAAGUGCUAAAAUGUGACAGUCAGACAGUUUAUACAAAAGAUAAUAUUCUAUAUUUUUCAAUAAAGAUGCUUUAAUCUCAGUUAAACUGCAGCUUAUAUAGUAUAGUUUAAUGCUUGUAUUUUUCUCCAUUAAAGACUUAAAUCAAUGAGAAAUGUGCUUUUAAUCACAGUUUAUUAAAUUACAUCUUAAACACGAACACAAAACUUGUUUUAAAAUUUAUUUUUCAAACAUUCCACCAUUAAGACACCAGCAUACCUCCCCUAUUUAUCAUUCAUCAGCUGUUUUUCAGACAAAACUAAAACUGAUUGUGUCAAAAGUAAAUACUUGCCAACAGGGAUGAAAUGUUCUUCAUUAAUUCAAGUAUUAUUCAAAUGUUACUUCUCUACUCUUAUCUAAUUACAUUACCAAGAGGAAAAAAACCAUACUUUUUACUCCAUACGUUUUUAUGUAGACCUUUAACGUAUGCUUAAUGAAUUUAUGAAACUCUUUUGAAAGGUUUCUUACUGUCAGCAAGCAUCCAAUUCCAGUUCAUCAGUAUAAAACGUACCUCAAGAACAAUGUCAGUUGUCGAUGUCCAUGACCUUUUUAUGCUUCACAGUAUAGUUAGUGCUUUAACUAUCAAUGCGUAUUUAGAGGUGGAUAAGCCACUGGACUGUAGUGUAGAACUUUGAUGAGUGUUCCUGUCCCUACCACAGUCAAAUGUGUCAGCACUCUGCAGUAACGAAAAACUUGUAUACAAUGUGAAAUCUCCUUUGCCUCACAGAAUUCUAUUUAAUUAAAAAGAGUUUUGCAAAUUAACUGACCAUAUUAUCUAAGUUAAUCUGUUUUCUUAGCUAAUGUGAGGUUUGACUAGCAUUAAUUCCAAUGUAAUUGAAAAGCUGAAAGUCAAAUUCUUGCUAAUGGUAAAUAUUGCAAACUUGCAGAGAUUCACUGAUGGUUUAGUUGUUUUAGAGUCAUCAGCUAAACACUAGUUGUUGUUUUAACGUUGUUUAAUUUCAAUUUAAUGCAUUUUUUUGGCUGCAUACUAUCACUUAUAAUCAAUUAAGAUUGUCAAAUAUUAUCUAUACUUUAGUUUAAGUAUACUUUCUCAAUGUAGUCACUUGGUGUACUGUAAUUAUCUACACAUCAUAUGGUGUAAUUAUUAUCUACUUAUUUUCAAAUGAUUGUAAAUGUAAUGAUGCAAUUCAAAAAUAAAACAUUAUCUCUUGAA